UUUCUCAUCGCUCUCGGUCUCAUUGUCCUGGAUCAAACGAUUCUUGCUACUGCUCUCCCCGUUAUUGCUUCGCACUUUGACGCCGUAUCGGACUUAUCGUGGAUAGCAAGCGCGUAUUUCCUCCCUCAGGCGGCUUUCAUGUUGUUCUUUGGACGCAUUUUGACGGUUGCGCCCGCCAAAUACGUUUUCCUGGUGACAAUUUCUCUCUUCGAACUUGGCAGUUUGUUCUGCGCCAUCGCCCCUUCUGUCAACUUCCUCAUCUUCGGAAGAGCUUUUGCGGGACUAGGGGCGUCCGGCUUGCUGGUAUGUGAUAUAUUGUCUCUACGCAUCUCGACGCUGAUUGAACCUAGGUGGUGUUUUUACAUCAACUUGCCGUUUGGUGGCGUAUGUGUCGCUUCAAUUGCCGUGUUUCUCCCGAAGCUUGCGCCAGAUGAGGAUGGGAAAAUGGCUCUCAAUACCUGGUAUAGUUUAGACUGGAUCGGAACUAUACUCAGUUUUGCUAUGGUGACAUUCUUUCUUAUACCUUUGCAAUGGGGUGGCGUUGUCAAGCCAUGGAGCUCUCCAAUCGUCAUAGCUCUGCUAACGCUGUCAGGCGUGUUUACCGUUGCGUUUCUAUUAUGGGAACACCAUCAAGAGGACGGAGCCAUGCUGCCAACAAGCGUUUUCUUCCAGCGAAACAUUUUCUGUGUUUGCUUCUUUGGCGGACUCAGUUUUGUUCUGGUCUCGGUGAGUAUGUCUGCUAACUUUUGUCGAAAUCCCAUAUUUUAUCAAAGCAAAGGCCACUCGGCCGUGAAGUCAGGUGUAGACAUUCUUCCCUUUAUAAUCGUCACAUCAUGUCAAGGUCUUUUCUUACAGUCUGAAUGUCAGAAAACGGGAUAUGCUUGGCCUUUUGUUCUACUUUGUCCCAUGAUUGCUUCAGCUGGAUUUGGAUUACUCUAUACGGCACAAGCUCAAACUGAUCUUCAUCGCAUCAUUGGCUAUCAGAUCCUUGUAGGCGUUGGAAUAGCUGGGUCCAUUCAGCUUCCGAUGGUAAUCGCCCAGGGACGGGUUUCCCACGACGCAAAGCUCAUCUCGAUUGUGACCUCACUUGUCUCAUUCUCUCAGCUCAUGGGAUGUACCGUUGGCCUUGCGUACGCACUGCUAAAUCCCUAUUUGUGA